UUCAGUGAGCUGUGCUCGAUCUUCAUCACAUCAUGGGGAGGAUUCCUGCCGUGGCUGCUGCCAUCGUAGUGGCCUUACUGGUCUGCUGCUCGUGUGAGGUUCGAGGUAAGGAGGAUGAAGAUGUGCUGGACUCCCUCGUCGAUUUCCUGACCAAGCUCGCCGGUGGCGACGAGAAGACGGCGAGCGACCUCGGCUGGGACGCGUCGACCGACCCCUGUGACGGCACCGGCGGCCGCAACGGCAGCGACUCGAAGUGGGGAGGGACCGUCAAGUGCUUCGAGAACGGCGCGAGCAACGCCGGCCUGAUCAAGGUUAUCGACCUCCAGUCCCUAGGCCUCAACGGCACCAUCGACGCGGAGUCGCUCUGCGCCGCACCGGCGCUCCGCGUGGUGAGCCUGCAGAACAACACGCUGCGCGGCGGCCUCCCCGCGGGCGUCUCGGCCUGCUCGGGCCUCACCCACCUCUACGUCGACCGCAACCAGCUCUCCGGCGCCCUCCCGAGCUCCCUCGGCAACCUCAGGAAGCUCCACGUGCUCGACGUCUCCAGGAACGACUUCUCCGGCGAGAUCCCCGCCGGCCUCAGCGACGUGCGCGGCCUCAUAAGGUUCAACGCCAACGACAACCACUUCCAAGGCACCAUUCCUGAUUUCGACCUCGACAAGUUCGAGACCUUCAACGUGUCCAACAACAACCUCACCGGACCUAUCCCGAAGAACACCGGACGCUUCCGCGACGACAGCUUCGCGGCCAACGCUGCCGGCAUGUGCGGAGAGCCCAUGUUCUCCCCGUGUCCCUCCGGGGAGAGCAAAUCAAAGAAGACGCGGAGGAUCCUCAUGUACCUCGGGUACGUCCUCCUCGGUGCCGUCAUCGUGGCAUUCGUCGUGUACAAGCUCUGCUCCAGGAAGAGGAACAAGCUGGGCAAGAAGGCCAUGGAGAAGCUGGUGGUCUACGAGUUCCAGAGCAACGGCAGCCUCCACAAGCUACUCCACGCAAUCAUCAUGAACAAUCUGCUAACACAUGCCAACUUUUAUGACUCCUUGCAGAAGAUAAACAAUUCCCGAUUCUUUCUGCAUGCAUUAGUUCUUAGCUCUAUAGAGAGCAGCCAGGCCCCCCUUGACUGGCCGGCGCGCCUUCACAUCGCUACCAAGGUGGCCGACGGCAUGGCCUUCUUACACGCCACCAUGCGCGGCGACGGCGCGAGCUCCUACGCCUCCUCCACGUCCUCCUCCAUCGACUCCGCGGCGGCGGCAGAGGGCGCCAUCGCCCACGGCGCCCUCAAGUCCACCAACAUCCUCUUCACGGCCGGCAUGGAGCCCUGCAUCAGCGAGUACGGCGUCAUCGCGCCGCCGCUGGCCGCCGCCGUCGGCAGCAGCCGGAGCUCCGGUCUCCGCGCGGACGUGCGCGCCUUCGGCGUGCUUCUGCUGGAGCUGCUCACGGGGAAGGCCACGGCGGCACAGGGCGACGGCGCGGAGCUGGCGCGGUGGGUGACCUCGGUGAUCCAGGAGGAGUGGACCGCCGAGGUGUUCGACCGCGCGCUGCUCUCCCGCGACGGCGUCAGCGAGCAGCGGAUGGUGCGGCUGCUGCAGGUCGCCAUGAGGUGCAUCGACGCCUCGCCCGGCGAGGUGCCGCCGACCAUGAGGGAGGUCGCCGGGAUGAUCAAUGCCAUUCGCGAGGAGGACGACAGGUCUCUGUCCAUGGAAGCGUGA